UUAUCAGAAUCAUUUCGCGAGUUGUCUUCGAACCGAGAGGAUGCUGGAGAAGAAUUCAUUCGGCACGUACAACGGAACAGAUAUAGUGGUGCAAUUUAAAGGACAUUUUUUUCAAGGAAUCGUAUAAUGGCAGUGCUGAAACCUACUGUGUUCUUCAGAUCUACGCUGCUGUUGCUUCCUAUGCUGAUUACACAAUCGCAUACUACUUGGAGUCAGACAAAUGGACAGCUAGUUCCGAUCGACCAUUCUUUGCAAUCUCAACCGGAUGAAGUUUGCUGUAACGAUCUGCUGACGGUGGAUCAUGAUCACUUUUAUCAGAAACGAUACGAGGCUACCUUGGCACUUAAGAGUGACACCACAAUUAAGGACGUAGAGAUUGACAUUCGGUUCGAUCGGGAUGUUGAUCUCCUAGUCAACUACUUCGGAACCUGCACAAGCACGAACAACCGAGACUUCCGCAUCGCGAAGUCAGGUUAUACGGUCUACGCCCAUUCCAGUAUAACCCUUAAACUGGACGUCAGUUACUCCACAACCGUACAGCCGAAACCGGUAGAAGUGCGUCUAAACGGAGUGCUCCAGUGUCCUUUGAAAGCUAGCUCCCGGGCGGCUUUCCACAUCCCAAAUCCGGCUCCAGUUUAUCGACACCCGCCAAAUAGCUGGACCCUUGUGAAUGGCCCAUCCUAUCCACAAGCUGUUCCGCUAAUACACCCGACACCUGGCGGAGACAGUUUCCCAUCCCUAUAUCCCCGUCCGAAACCAGCAUUCCCAAAUCGACCGACUGUUCCGAGAAAUUUUACCGACAAUCGAGAAAACAAGUUCAACUCCUCUUGCCAGGCUAUGAGUUCGAACAUAGUUAUUACUUCAGGCCGAUGGGACGGAAUUUUAACGUUGAACACAGAUGUUACCGUUGACCGGGUGGUUAUCGAGAUAGUGUUUGAUGGACCAAUUUAUCUCCUGGGGAACAUGUUCGGGGAAGUGCAUACUGAGGAUAACAUUCGAUUUGUAAUCGAAAACAGUACCCUCAUUUUAGCCCCGGAUGCGGAAGUAGAGUUGCACUUCUUCAUUAAAUUCAACGAAAUAGGACGAGUUCCCGAUGUACAGGAAAUUAACUUCAAUGGCAGAGACAUUUGCCGGCAGCGACGAAGAAGGGUUUCGUCCGAAACCGAAGGUCCCACGAGGGCGUUUAGCUCCGCUGAUUUUUCAUAUACUGAAGCUCCCUCCAGACAAGCGACUACUACUGAAAGUGUCUCAGAGGAAAAUUAUGACGAUAGCGAAUGUGCAACGAUGUACCCCCUUAACGAACCGAAAGUAUCUGCAAGAAUUAUCGGAGGAGUGGCGGCAAAAGCCGGAGAGAUUCCAUGGCAUGUGGCGAUUUUCCAUGAUGACCAAUAUCAGUGCGGCGGAAGCAUAAUCUCCCAACGUAGCAUCCUAACAGCUGCACACUGUCUGACGAAGGAAAACAGCAAUGAGACUCUGCAGCUGGACAUGCUAAAAGUUUACAUAGGUAUCGUAGACAUGGGCCAGGUAGAGGAUUAUUUCUAUCACGCCGUUUCGAGUGUGGUUAUUCAUCGUGACUACAACGCUGCUCAGCAUACCACGGACAUUGGAAUAGUAAAGCUCAAAAAGGAUAUCAUAUUUAAUAGCUUCAUCAAGCCGGUUUGUCUUUACGGCAAUACAACUGACAUAAGCGCCUUCUACAGUCGCUAUGGAAAGGUCGCUGGAUGGGGCUUCAACCGAAAUGGGGUUGUGUCCAAUGUGCUGAACUAUCUGGAUAUGCCCGUGGUAUCACAAAAGAAGUGUUCGCAGACAAACGUGCAAUAUAAUACCGUUUUGGCGCAUGGAGAAUCGUUCUGCGCUGGACACACUGAUGGUAAUUCUGUGUGUAACGGGGACAGCGGUGGAGGACUGGUUUUUGUGGAAAACCUUCGAUACUACUUGCGCGGGAUCGUAUCGAUCAGUGCACAGAAACGCAAUCAAUUAAUGUGCGAUCCUAACCGGUACUCAGUGUUUACGGAUGUCUCAAAGUUUCUUAAAUGGAUACGGCAGAAUAUAGAAUAGCUAUAUAAACAA